AUGGAUCCCCCGGGAGAUAAUACCCCACCAGUUACCAACAGAGGAGACAGGGAAACAGAGAUGUCGGCCCUAAAUCUGUUCCCCCCAGGCAGUGAAGAAGGAGAAACUAGCGACCCCCAGGCGAUAAGAAAGAUGAUCCCUCCGAUUACAGGAACGCCUAAUGAAGAGCCAGUCAGCAAUCAGGCGAUGUUCAAAGCUUUCCUAGAGAUCACCAGUUUACUCAAGGACAUCAAACAGACAGUAUCGCUACAAUCGCAAGGGCCAGAAUCAGGGAAAUUAUCAGCACAGAAGUCGACAUCGCCCAUAGAUAAAGGAAAGGAACCAGUGCGGCAAGAAGAGGCGCCAGAAAAUUCCACAAAGAAACAAAACGCCCCCAUAACAAUCCCGGAUGAUGAACGCUGGAUGGACGAACAACACAUCUUCAAGGAUAGAGAAGAACAUCUGGAGGAAAAAGUCUGUCAAGUCAUGAGCAGGCUCGGAAUAAGAUGUGAAGACGUAGACAUUUCUCUUCGAAAUGACUCACCCCUUGACGGGACUGGCUGCCCCAAAAGCCAUGUGCAUAAAUUCCAAGCAGUAAUCAAUGUUCAGACAAACCUGGAUCAUUUAUUAUGCAAGCUUUUUCCUACUACCCUAAAAGGUCUGGCGCAGGAAUGGUACCAAAGCUUAAAGCCAGGAUCGGUGCUAAUAUUCAAACAAUUCUCAGGACUAUUUCAGGCCAGAUUCGUAGCAUGCAUCCCUCAGAAGAAGUUGUCCACAGAUCUGCUGGCUAUCAUGCAAAGAGACAGAGAGACGCUCAGGAGAUAUGUAGAGAGGUUCAACAAGGAGGCGAUGCAAAUAGAAGACCUGAGCCAAGAGAUCGCCUAUACAGCGUUACUCAACGGGACAACUAAUUCCGACCUGCGGAAAGAGUUGCUGGCCAAAUCACCAAGAUCAUUUACUACACUGAUGACCAUCACACAUACACAAAUUAGAGUGGAUGACGGCCAGAGAGAGAUAGAGAACCGUCACGGACGAGCAGAAGAACGAUCAUUUUCAGAAAGAAGGAAUGGAGACAGAUCGCCCAUAGGAAAAAGGUUUGGAGAGAAAGGCAACGACCGUUUCAGAAAUAAGAGAAAAACGGACGAAGAUAGGUGA